AGUUGUUUGACGCCGAUUAAUUAUUGGGAUGAGUUUCUCAGCCAAAAGUUUUCAAUCACGGUUUCUUUAGCAGUCACUGCAUCGUUCUUUGUGAUAUACAUCCAUCUUCAAACACCCCCCCAACCUUGGAAUACCACGCCUAGCUCCUCAAAAGAUGAAUUCCCUUUUCAACUCUGCUCUCAAGCAAUCCUCGGCUAUCCGCCGCGAUUUGGACACCUUCUCACAGUCACCGGCGACAUCCUCUGCAGCGCUGCAAGGUCAAAUCGCAGCAUCCCUAGCGUCAUUAUCACGCACAAUCGAUGACUACUCUGCGCUAUCUAAACGAGAAUUGAUCCCGGAGAAGCAAGAAAAAGCGUUUGAGAGAGUCAAGAAUUUCAGAGCAGAGCUUCAAGACUACCGAAACCAUUUUGAUCAACUACGGAAGGAGAGAGAGAGCGCGCAAUCUGUGACGAAUCGCAACGAACUUCUUGGUCGACGUCCACACCACACAUCUACACCCGAAAACCCAUAUGCUCAACCCUCAGCUUCGCAUGCCUCCCCAUUUGCGCCUUCUUCAUCUCGGCCGGGGGCCGGCUUCGGAGGUCCAUCUGCAGAUUAUAACCGAGAGACGCAUGCGCUUCGGGAGCAGUCUUUCAUAGGAUCUACGCAUUCUCAGAUCGAUGAUUUCAUCGAUCGCGGUCGGGCCGUACUUGCGGAUCUUGGACAGCAGCGCGAAGUACUCAAAGGAACACAGCGUCGCCUAUAUAGUGUUGCGAACACGCUAGGAGUAAGCGGGGAGACGAUUCGGAAGGUCGAACGACGAGCGAAGCAGGAUAAGUGGAUUUUCUGGGGUGGAGUUAUUCUCUUCUUUCUCUUCUGCUGGACUGUGUUGCACUUUUUGAGGUAGCGUUAGGGCAGUUUUAUUUCGUAGGGGUUACUCAUUAUCUGUACUAGCAGCAAUUUGCUUCUGCUCUUGUGUAUUGUUGACAUUGCUCGAGUUGGUUACCAGCGCAGGCGUUCAGUUGGAUUGCUUUGGCCAUGAUAUCACCUUUACUUUUUGUUCCCAUCAAGAAAUGGAAGGAUGUAUGUAUAGUUUCCAUACCAGAUUCCAAAUUAAAGUAUUUCAUAUGUGAGAAAAUCAUCCAUGCAUUUUGCCAGAAACAAAACU